GUUGUGUUGCGGUUGGUUUGCUAAAUAAAUUGCGCUCUGUGGAUCGUACUCGUACAUAUUAAAAAGUAAAAAAAAAUAAAUAGAAAUGUAAAUUAUUUAUUUGUGGAUCGACAAUUGUGAGUGUAUUUUUGGUGAAGGUUUUUGAGAUCAAAAACUUUCUUGGUCGUAAUGGAUUCAGACGGAGAUCCGCUAGCUGCACCCUAUGUGGAUUUAAAUAAAUAUCAAGGAGAUGAAGGCUACGUGGUGGAGAGCGACCCCCGCGGCCACGUGCUGCAACAGCAGUGGGUCACACUGACGGCAAGCAUGUGGCCUGAGCCGACCGCCUCUUCUAGAGGCUGGAGAAUUUCAGCAGAACGUCUUCCCGUUUUGGCCGCGGUUUUUUGUGGAGCUGCAUUAGUUGUCUGUUUUCUGUGCGCAUUCCUUCUGUAUCGCUAUUGCAUCAUGCCGCGUCGGGAUAAACAUUACUGUCUUCGUAAAGUGGAUGGGAGUUCGAGUGGUACCCAAGUGCCUCCUGUAGUAUCACCAGCGUAUCCUAGUCAAACUGCCGUUUAUGCCGAGCAGAAGAACUGUGGAUGGGGUUACAGUAAUAGGCUUGUGCCACCUCUUCCGGGAAAUCCAUGGUACACCAAUAGAAUGAUAGGAGGACCCCAGUGUACUCAAUGUCCUGGAGUUUGUCCGGUGCCGAGGAGCAGCAGCCAUCCAGGAUCGUCGUCACAAGCACAAGCCAACACAACGAGAAGACAGCGGCCUGUAAGUCAACCAGUCCAACUGGGUCCUUCUGUCGUUACAAACGGCGAGAUCGUACCAAAAUCACCGAUGCCUGAAAUUUCAGAAUUCUCACCACAGAAUAUGCAGUACGCUUCUAGCAGUAUUCUAGAUGAAGUGGGAAGCAAAGAUGAGCAAAACUCUGAAGAACCCACGUUAAAAACUCGAAGUUUACCAGCAUGGGUUAGGUCUAAGCCCAGACCAUUAUCAACAGAAGACGACUUAAAUGAUUUAUAUGCUAAGGUUAACUUUAGCAAAAAACGGAAAAAUCGAAUGCGCAACGAUGAAGCUGCGAUAAUAGCCCUAAGUAAAUCGAGAAGUCAAUUCCUUCACAAGGACACGGACUCUCUUGUCGACAACGAGGCUGUUAUAGUCUACGACGAACGCACAGCUUUGUAAAAAAUUUUUGAUAUCAAAAUUAUAUAUUUUGGACAUAUUUUUACAAUGUUAGUCAGAACCUUGAUAGUUAUGAACAUAUCGUUGUUGCAAAUGAAGACUAUGUCAACUGACAAAUAAUUUCUAGAUCUAAGAUUUGAGGAUUUAAAGUAUUUUUCUGUGAUAAAUUUUAAAAUGUGUAGGGUUUUCGUCUUAUUAAAUUAAUUAUUAUAAAUGUAAUCCUUUUAAGACUGGUCCUAUUGCAAUUCUAUGAAUGUGUAGAUAGAAUGUAAUGUGCUGUUUUUAAUACUAAAUUGUAUUAGACCAUCCAGCACAAAUAUUUAUUGUACUAAUAGAUACUGCAUACAGGGCACGUAAUACGUGAUUAGCAGUGGCGAUUCGUUUAUCUGUGUUAGACGCCAAAGACAUUAAACUUAGUUAGAAUCUGUUAUGGGAAGAUUAAUUUUGUACUAUAAUAUUUAAAUAAUUAUUUUGUUGUGUAUUGAAGUUUAGAAUAAAGAACACUACCUACUU